AUGCAGCGAAUUCCUGGAUACAUCGAUAAUCCCCUGCCGCCCCAUCUAGCAUCCUACCACCAGAAUACGCGACCACCACCACCACCACCUGCAGGGGUUCGACAGCCUUCAAUUCCGAAUGGCACUGGUCAUUAUCCAGGCGAAGUUAACUCUAUCAGCUGGAGUAGCACAAGCGGGAGUACAAACCCGUUUGAUCUGCCCGAACAAGACCAAGACCGUUCAUGGCUACCCACCGAGACCCCACCGACGUUGCCGCCGGCGUACGACUACACGCCCAACAGCGUAUCAGGAUCGUCAUCAUGGGGUCUGUAUCCACCUGUCGUCCAGGCUUCUGAGGGACAUUUGAAUCCACAGCAGUAUGCGAGGCAGAGGGUGAGGUCGAUGUCUGAGCGCGGUGAGUGGGGCGGGGGCGUAUCGACCUUUGGCCCUGCGAGUAUGGCGUUCCCCAUGCCUGAAACGCCGUUGUCGCAUUCCUUUUCGUCGAUGAAACUUACCCCACCUGUCCCGCCUGUCCCACCGUUACCACCGCUACCCCAGCAGACAAGUUCUCAACCUCCUCCGAGUCCCCCACCACGACCACCUCCCCCGCCUUCGAGUUCUGCCUCAUCGACAUCGAAUGUGCCGAGUCAAGACGUCUCCGGCUCUUCCAAUACGCCGACAACCCUUGAGCGGGCGACGACGGCAACAGCGACGACCGUCUCGCAUCGUAUCAGCAGGACCAAUAUACACGUUAGCCGUUCCAAUUCGGAGAGUCUGGCAGAAUCCGCUCCUGCCUCCCCACCUCAUCGACCCAACCCACAUCCGCACUCGAAAAGCGAUCGCGGCGUCUUCAGCAAUACCAAUCUCUUGAAAUUGCAGGGGACCGUGGUUAACCCGUCUGUGCCGUUGUUCCAACCGUCCAAUUCAUAUUCGAAGAAUCCAGAGCAGUAUCCUGAUGCCUUGGCCUCGCCCGUCGAUUCCACGUUCUCUGUUGACCAGGAAAGUGUCAUUGCGUCGGAAUUGAUGGGUCUAUCUCAAGACAUGUCGGAAAACAUCCGCCGGUUCCAGGCGAACGAACUCUCUGAAUCUGACCAGGAAUGGCACAAACUCGUCCCUAAAGAAGCGCUGGAUGCACUCGACCCUGCAGAAGUAAAACGGCAAAGCAUGAUCUUCGAGUUCUUCAAAGCUGAGCGUGAAUACGUAUCGGAUUUGGAACUGGUGACGGAGGUGUUUAUGAAGGGGAUGAAGGAGGCACAACCAGCUGUGAUCCCAGAGCACCUGAUAGGCGGGUUCUUGCACGAAGUAUUUGGCAAUGUGGCGGAUUUGUUGAAGCAUCAUAAAGUGAUGCUCGAGUCGUUAUUCGAGAGGCAGAGGGAAUAUCACCCAUUGGUUCAUUCGAUUUCGGAUAUCGUACUUGAAACUGCCCUCAAACCCGAAUUCCGCGGAGCCUACGAAAUCUACAUCAAGCAUUUCCCUGUCGCCGAAUCCCUCCACCAGAAACAGCUCUCCUCAAACAAACGAUAUGCAUCCUUCCUCGAAUCCGUCUCCUCGGAUCCCCGAGUUAAGAAACGUGACAUGAAGAUCUUUUUAUCGCGCCCAGUGACGCGUUUACCAAGGUUGAAUUUGUUGCUCGAGUCCAUGCUGAAGCAGACGAAUAAAGAGCAUGAUCAUCCAGAUUUGGAUACCCUGCCGUUGGUUCUCGGGAUCUUGGGAGAUUGUAUAAAGGCGACACAACCGGGCAUUGAGACAGCGGAGAGGAGAGUCAAGUUUAUGGAUCUUUGUGAGCAUCUGGUUCCUGGCAAAGGAGAGAUCACGGAUAUGGAUUUAUUCGACAAGGAGCGACAUCUCGUCUACUCUGGACCUGUUUGGAUGAAGGGCAAGUCAGACAAUGGAUUCUCUGACAAGUGGCAAGAGUUGCAGGCUGCGUUGUUGGAUAACUACUUCAUCAUUUACCAAGAAGAGCGAAUCUCACCUACUGUAACGAAGAAGAUCCAAACACACCGACCUAUCCCUCUAUCCUUUGUUCGACUCGCAUCCUUCAAUUCAGAUCCAGAUAUCCGAAAAGAAAAAGAAGGGGGAAUCUUUCAAACGAAGGAUGUCCCUAUGUACCCUUUCACUUUCUACCACGCGUCUCUGGCGCAUAUGAAGGCCUUCAAGCUAUAUGUCAAUUCAGAUGCUGUGCGAAAGAAGUGGUAUUCAUCGUUUGUAGACGCAUUGGGCGUCCACCAGGUCAAGCAGGAGAGCAAUCCUUGGUAUACGCAAACGCAGUUGGUAGACGGUUUCUUCAGAAUACCGCGUGAAGCGGUUAUCACGCCACACUCGAAAGCGACGGGUAGAAUUGUUUGUGCUGCACCAUUCGGCUGGUAUAAAGCCCUCCAAUUCCCGAGCAUCAACUAUGUCACCGUUCUCCAGGGAAUUAACAAUCUGGUCUUCAACAAAUUCAUAAUCCACUACGACACGAACGUUGUAUCCUACUCAUUAGACUUGUUGGCCAUGGUGGCCAUCGGGCAGGGUAAUCCGCGCAUGCUUGAAGCUUCGAGAGAAACUGUGACUCCCGCUGAUCACAGUGUCAUGUUCAUUCGGCAAGUCGUUAUGAUGGAUCGGGUGUUGUGGCUAAUACCGAAGGAAGCAUACGACGUGGUUGCGCUAACGAGAACCCUGGGUAUCUGUACACGAGAUGGAAUCGUCACUGCGGGACCUAGCAACCUUGCAGGAGCAUCGACCCUUCCGAUACCCACAAUCCUGGACUCCUCGCCCGCCAGUGUGCGGCUCAAGUCACAGAUCGAUGGAGCGAGGCCUUUAGGCUUCCUGCUUGUUAGCAGCGAAGAAAUCAUGGUCGUCUAUGACGACUUGGGAUGCUACGUUGACACCCGCGGAAGACCCACUCGGAAGUGCGGGUACAUCCGUUGGGAAACCAAAGUCACGUCCUACGCUGUCCGGAACGCAUUCCUCCUCCUCAUCUCUUCCCGCAAUAUCGAAAUUCGCAACAUUGCCAACGGUCGACUGUUGCAGGUGAUAGAAGGCGGUGAUAUACGGCUGCUGUUUUCCGAGCCUUGUUUGAAGCCUCAGGAUAACGUGUUGGUAGCGAUGAGAGGGAGGUUUAAUGACUCUCAAGGCUUGAGCGAGAAAGUGGUUGAGUUGGUGCUGGCGGAGGAUCCUGCGACUGCUCAAUCUCCGAAUGGGAAUGGGUCACAUCCGAAUGCCCACAUGUGGGCGGAUUGGGAUAUGUGA